UUUUUCGAUUGGCUCAAUCGUUAACCUGGUCGCCGCGGAAGCUGCUGAGAUGGAGCUGCUGAAUCAAGCCUCUGUCGAUUUGGACGUGUACUGGCGAGACGAGAAUAGCGGCGGCACGUACACCCGAAUCUCCACAAUCCCGAAGGGAACAAGUGGAGUUAUUCAAACGUUUCAAGGUCACGGCUUUUUGCUGACUGGAAAGGGGCAUGUGGUUGGCCCGUUGGACCGUCCUAACUUCCUGCAGCAAAUGAAGAGGCAUCGUGUCCGUGCUUCGGACUCAUCCCAAGAAGAGCUCAUUUUCGAAGAUUUAGAUUUGGGCGGCGAAAUCGAUGCGCCGAAGGAUGGGAGAGGAAAGCAACACAACGAGUCCACAGGUGCAUCCACAUCCUCUGAUGUCACCGCCCCGCCCCUCGAAGCGAAUGUCCAACUACAGAUCAGUAAUCAAGCGGGUGGAGCUAUAUAUAUUUACUGGUUGCACCCAGAGAGGGGUAGUUUUAUUUUACUGAAUACCAUGUCUCAGGGGCAGAGCUUCAAGCUGAACUCAUUCGUCGGCCAUCGCUUGUUAAUCUCCCAAGUUCCUGAUAAUCACUUGGAUCACAGCAAGGCGCCCAAUAUCAUUGUGCAUCAUGAUUCCGGAGCCUUUGAUGUAGUUUCAUCAAACGAUAUAACGGCAGACGUUAUUGUCAAGAAGCAUGAAGAGUCAGCCUCGAGGAAGACGGUUGCGGCCUUCCCGAUAGAGCAACCUCCUCCCCUUGUCAAGCCCCCGGCAACUUACCAUAAAAGUGUCACCGGACAGCAGGUGAAGGAAGCCCUAAAACAAUGUGGAGGCGAAGCAUCAUGUAUCGUGGACGCCCUUUACCGUGGCAAACUUGCUCGAAUUCAGCGAAGUAUUCAAAAGAGCAUGACAGAGCGAGACGAGCUGCAAGAGCCUUAUCGAGACUAUGCCUGCCUACAUCACGAAACCAUGGGACCUGAGGAUAUGAAGGUGACGUAUUGGACAUAUCCGGAAGACAAAUUUGGGGCGACUGAUUCACCUUCCCCGGUUUCCGGGGCCACUCCAAACAAUAAAACCGUCCGCGUCGACCACUAUUUCGACAGCGAGUGGGGGAACGCACGCAUUUACCUUUUGCACGACAUCAUCAGUCCUUCAGAAUGUGCGGCUUUGAAAAACCGGAGCAGUGGUCGCUUGAUUCAUGCCUCGGUCUCAGGUGAGCUCCCGGGGCAAAGAAUUAUCUCGUCUGUACGCAAGGCCAAGUCGGCGAGCAUCUCUCCGGACUUGAAGGACCCGACAGAUAUCCUGGCAACAUUGCAACGUCGUGUUUUUGCUUUUGCAAAUGAGCACGGUUGUGGGGGUUACGAGAGUUUUGAUUUGGCAGGUCAGGAGUCUUUGAACGCGAUAGUGUACGACGCCUCUGGUGAUGAGUAUCGCAUGCAUUGUGAUGGAUACUGUGAUUCCAGCAAGUUUGUAAGAGGGGGACGGGCAGCCACAAUGGUGCUUUACUGCGAGGAAGGCGCACGAGGGGGACAGACUAGCUUUACCAACGCUGAUAUCAUGCUCAAGGGAAAGGCUGGUCAGGCUGCUUUUUUUCACUAUCGAGGUCCCGAUGAUUACAUGGACGUUGGGUACACCAAGCAUAGUGGCUGUCCGCUAGUGGAAGGCAACAAACGCAUUACAACACAAUGGAUCCGACGCGGUGUAAGUGCUGCGUCUCCUUACUAUUUAUAUACACCAACGGGGGAUAGGGACACAGGAGGAGCACAGUAGGCUAGGAAGUCGUCGAAAUCACCUUCAAAAUAUAUUCUUCCACAGAGAAA